ACUGACAGGUACCAACUGUCAACAGUCAAUGUCAAAUAGGUUAUGAAAAUACAGCGCGUCGGUUAGUUAUUAUCAAUGACCAAUCAUUCCGUAAAACAAAUGUGAUACUUUAAAAUUUAUUAAUAACGUGACCGUGUAUGAGCAUUUAAUAGGACUCAGUAGUGGAUACACUGAUUGCACGCCUCCUUAACACAAAUAUGGAAUUGUUGCAGGGCGGCGACACGAGCGCAAUGCAGCAGCUACAGGCGCAUCAGCCGCCGCAGCUGGCGCAGUUGGCGCACAUGUCGCAGCCGACGCACGGCGCUGCGUACGCGCCGCCUGCCGUGGAGCUGCUGGCGGGGCUCGCGCCUCAGCACGCGCCCCAGCACGCGCCCGAGCUCGCGGCCGCGUCGGACUCGUUCCCCGCGGCCGCCGCGUCGCUGUCGCCGCAGGUCGCCGGUGGAUUCCUCGCCGCGCCCAUCUACGACUUGCAACAAGUUGGAGAUGUAUACACAGGCCCCGGUGCGAAGUGUGCUACUCUGCCGGCAAUCCUGGGCGGGUCGCUGCCACGGUUGAGCAGUGAGCAGGCGGACGCGGUCGCACGCGCCAAGAAGUACGCGAUGGAACAGAGCAUCAAAAUGGUGCUGAUGAAGCAGACGCUGGCCCACCAGCAGCAGCAGAUGGCGUCGCAGCGCACGCAGGUGCAGCGCCAGCAGGCGCUUGCGCUCAUGUGCAGGGUGUACGUGGGUUCGAUAUCGUUCGAGCUGAAGGAAGACACGAUCCGGCAAGCGUUCCUGCCGUUUGGGCCGAUCAAGUCAAUCAACAUGUCGUGGGACCCGGUCACGCAGAAGCACAAGGGGUUUGCGUUCGUCGAGUACGAGAUCCCCGAGGCGGCGCAGCUCUCGCUCGAGCAGAUGAACGGCGUGAUGCUCGGCGGCAGAAACAUAAAAGUGGUCGGUCGGCCGUCUAACAUGCCGCAGGCGCAGGCCGUCAUCGACGAGAUCCAAGAGGAAGCCAAGCAAUACAAUCGGAUAUACGUGGCGUCCAUACACCCCGAGCUCACUGAGGAUGAUAUCAAAAACGUUUUCGAAGCAUUUGGACCAAUAACGUACUGCAAGCUCGCGUACGGCGCAUCCCAACACAAACACAAAGGGUACGGGUUCAUCGAGUACGCGACGCUGCCGGCGGCGCUGGAGGCCAUCGCGUCCAUGAACCUGUUCGACCUCGGCGGCCAGUACCUGCGCGUGGGCCGCGCCAUCACGCCGCCCAACGCGCUGGCCGGCCCCCCGCAGCCCUCCGCCAUGCCCACCGCCGCCGCCGUCGCCGCCGCCGCCGCCACCGCCAAGAUACAGGCCAUGGACGCCGUCGCCAGCAACGCCGUCGCGCUCGGACUCACCAAACUCAACGCGCUCGGCGUCUCGCCCGCCGCCGCGCUCCCCAAGCUCGCCGCCGCCUUACCCGUCGCGCUGCCCACGGCGCUGCCGCUGUCCGCCGCGCUGCCGCCCGUGCUGCCGGCCGCGCUGCCGACCGCCAUGCCGCCCGCGCUGCCCGCGUCGCUGCCGGCGGCGCCGGUAGUGUCGGGCGCGAUCCCGCCCCGCGUGGUGAUCCCGCCGUCGCCGCGGCCGGCGCGGGCGGCGUCGGACGCGCCGGCACCGACGCCCGCGCCCCCGAGCGCGAUGACGGCCGCGCCCGCGCCGCUGGGCGAGGCGGAGGUGCAGCAGGCGGCGCUGCAGCGCAAGCUGCUGGACGCCUCGCCCGACACGCUCCAACAGCAAGAGUCGCUCUCCAUAUCGGGACAGUCAGCACGACAUCUCGUCAUGCAGAGACUGAUGCGCCGGCGCGCCUCCCGGACCGUGCUGCUCUGCAACAUGGUCUCCGCCGACGAGGUGGACGAGGCUCUGCACCACGAGAUACAGGAGGAGUGUUCGAAGUGGGGUCGUGUGGAGCGGCUCGUGAUCUACAACGAGCGGCAGACCGAGGACGAUGACCCCGCGCACGCCAACGUCAAGAUCUUCGUGCAGUUCGCGGAGCCCGACG